GGCGGGGGCUGGCAACACUGCAGCGCAUUCGGUUCAGUCGGCUGGCGAGCACUGGCGAGGCGAGGCGUCGAGAGUGAGGACUUCGUGUGCUGCUGCUGUAGCGUCCGGCGAGGCCGGCCAGCCUGGUGUGCCCCGCACCGAGCGCCUCCAGGACCUCCUGGACCCACACCACCCGAUCAACGCCCUGAUCAUGGCUACAGCGAUGGAGACACAAGGUCCGCACAUCUCCGACCUGCCCGUCGACGCCCUGCUGGAGGUGUUCUGCCGACUGCCGGCGGCCGACCUCACCCUGGGGGCCAGCGGCGUCUGCCGGGCCUGGCGGGACCUGGCCAUGGAGCCGGCGGCGUGGCAGGCGAGGCGCGUGCAGGUGGCGCCUCGCAAGCACCGUCCGCUGGCCGCGGCGGAGCGCCGGGUGCUGCGCCGCGCCCCCGCGCUGCGCGCCCUGGCCGUGUCGCUGCGGCGCGCGCAGGACCUCCCCGAGCCGCUGUCCGCGCUGCUGCCGUGCUGCGGCCACCUCCGCGAGCUGCAGCUGUCGCUGCCGUGCCUGUACGCCGACAUGGCGCGGGACGUGGCGGCACACUGGCCGCGGCUGCAGCAGCUCCGCGUCGAGGCGUGCAGCGUCCAGGAGGGCGGCCUGGAGCGCCUGGGCCAGCUUGACCACCUGCGGAGGCUGCAGGUGGCGACGCUGCAGCCCGCGCAGGGCGUGUGGGGCCCGCUGCGCCGCGCCGCCAGGGACGGCCUGCCCGCCCUGCGCGCCCUGCACGUCGACGCGCGCUGCGACGCCGCCAACAUCGACGAGGCCGUCGGCGUGCUGCUCGAGCUGGCCGACCGCGUCACGCACUUGCGCAUCGGGUCCCUGGUCCCCGCCGACGCGGCCCUGCUCGGCGCCAUCGGCCGCUGCUCCAGGCUCCAGAACUUACACAUCGAAGACUGCUCCCAGUUGACUGACGAGGGCCUGCUGCAGCUGGCCGGCCUGAGGCUGCAUUCCCUGAGCCUCUGCUUCGCCCGGCAAGUGUCCACCGCCGCCCUGCUCCACUUGCUGCGCGUGUCGGACUUGUCGCUGCUCAAGCACCUGGACCUGAGGGGCUGCCCCGCCCUGACGGACAGGGUCGUGCUCUCGCUGGCAUCCAGGUUAUCGACUCCACCGAAGCUGGUUGCAGACGACUGUCCCAAUGUAUCAGGCCAAGCUCUGCAGAGUCUAAAUCGUACAUCACCUCCUGUGAAUGCAGCACACGCCAUUGCAGCGUUGUGCACUGUUGCUGCAGUCGCUACUCUCCCAGUUCCAAACAGACCACUUCAAGUGGCUUGAUGACACGGCUUAUCCAAAUUGACUUGAAAUGUGUUUUCCUCCUAUUGAGAAAUGAAGUCUGAGUUAUUUGUGUUCAUUAACAUUCACCCGAGGGUGACAAACAGUUUUGUUUGAAGUAUUUAUUCAACAGGUUGCAACUACUAAUGUAAACCAGGAAUGUUUUUGUUCAAAUGCACCUGUUCAAUCUAUGUAUUACAUUAAAAAUGUAAGGGAUUGCAUAUAAGGAUAUUUAUGUGAAAUAAAUAAAAAAGAUCAAGUGUCAAGUUUUA